AUGGUCGGCCGACUCGCAGGGAAGAACGCCAUCGUCACCGGCGCUGCUGGUGGCAUCGGCCUCGAAACCACAAUCCUCAUGCUGCGCGAAGGUGCCUCAGUCCUAAUGACCGACAUCAGCGGCCCCGGACUCGAGCGCGCCCUCGCAAAAGUCAACACCGUCGUCCCCACGCACGAUGGGAAAGUCGAGUACCGCGUCGUCGAUGUCUCCAAGGAAAACGACGUUGAAGGCGCUAUUGCACACCUAGACUCAUGGGGUGGAUUGGAUGUCCUGUUCAAUAACGCUGGGAUCAUGCACGCCCAGGAUGGCGAUGCCGAGCAGACGAGCGAGGGGAUUUGGGACCUCACGAUGAAUAUUAACGUUAAAGGUGUGUGGUACGGGUGCAAGCAUGCCGUGAAGAGUUUCAGGAAGAACGGCAAGCAGAAGGGCAGUGUCAUCAACACGGCGAGUAUGGUUGCGCUUGUGGGCGCUGCGACGCCCCAGUUGGCGUAUACGGCGAGCAAGGGCGCUGUUCUGGCUUUGACGAGGGAGUUGGCAAUUGUGCAUGCGCGAGAAGGCUUCCGAUUCAAUUCGCUGUGUCCGGCGCCACUUAACACGCCUCUCCUGCAGGACUGGCUCGGGGAUGACAAGGAGAAGCGCUUUCGGCGGGAGGUCCAUUUCCCGACCGGUCGGUUUGGAGAGGCCAUCGAACAGGCUCAUGCGGUUGUAUUCCUGGCAAGCGACGAGAGCAGCUUCGUUAAUGCCGCAGACUUUGUUGUUGAUGGUGGUCUCACCAAGGCGUAUGUCACCCCUGAAGGACCUGCGACGAAGGCGCCGCAGAACUUGGGGCAGUAG